CGCCAGUGGGGGCGCUGUCGUGACCAGGCAGAGCGUCGGCUUCAGCUCCAGGCGAGGUGAUAUAAAGUCGGAAGUUGUUUUUAGUUGUUAAAACUUCAUAAAAUGGCAGAGGACAGCAGUUAUGAGUCUAUUCUAUGCGUCAAGCCCGAAGUUCAUGUUUACCGCAUCCCACCAAGGGCUUCUAAUCGCGGAUAUCGGGCUGCAGACUGGAAACUAGAUGAACCUGCAUGGAGUGGAAGGAUGAAAAUUACAGCAAAGGGCAAAAUGGCUUUCAUCAAACUAGAGGACAAGAACACAGGAGAGCUGUUUGCACAAGCGCCAGUUGAUCAGUAUCCAGGUGUUGCAGUUGAAGCUGUGACAGACUCAAGCAGAUAUUUUGUUGUCCGGAUAGAUGAUGGAAAUGGGCGUCAUGCUUUUAUUGGAGUGGGUUUUGCUGAUAGAGGAGAUUCCUUUGACUUCAACGUUGCAUUACAAGAUCAUUUUAAAUGGGUGAAGCAAGAAGGUGAACUUGCAAAACUAGAAGCCUCCCAAAGUAAUGCACCAAAACUUGAUCUGGGAUUUAAAGAAGGACAGACGAUUAAGAUUAGCAUUGGGAACAUAAAGAAAAAGGAUGCAGGUGCAGCUAAACCACGACCUCUGGGUGGGGGUCUCUUGCCCCCUCCACCUGGAGCCAAAGUUGGAGGAGGCAUUAUCCCACCUCCAGUGGGUCAGCACACUGCUCCUGUUGUCCAGACAAACACUGACUUUGGUCCCCCUGUCUCCAGUGCACCUCAGACCAGCUCAGACCUUUGGGGAGAUUUCACAUCAGCAGGCUCUAACUCCAGUAAAGACAGUGUUCAGUCUGGAUGGGUGCAGUUUAGCUGAGCCCUGAUACAAAUACAUGCACACACCCGGGCUCCAUACAUUCCUAGGAGAAGGCGACUGAGGAAACUGGACAUGCUCUUGUUUGUAUCAAAACACAACAAACUGCUGAACAAUACAUAAAAAUGUACAGAUUUUUUUUUUUUACAUAUCCCAUAUUAACACUUUGGCUGGUCUGUUUGUAGUAAUAUGAUGACCUGUUCAAUUUCUAAUGUUUGAAGGGAAUCAGUCUGUAGUUUAAUUUAAGAUAAAGUCAAUAUUGUUUUGUUUUUCAUCUUUGUCUCUGUCACCGCUUAGAAAUGCUUUUAUUACAUAGUCAUUUUAUUAUUUUAGGGGAGACGUACAAUUACUGUUGCAACAGUUUCAAUUUGUAUCGAUAGUCUAUUUUUUGAAGAUUAUGCAAAACUAAGAAUGUAUUUCUCACACUCACCAAAUUACAGUCAAAUACUAAAAUAUUUUGUAAGAAAUUUAGGAAGGCCUUAUCUAUGUGUAUUUAUCUAUGUUGAUCAAAUGUAUUUCCAUUUUGUUUUUGUGACUUUUACCAAAUUGAAGUGUCUUUUGAAAACAAUCAGUUAAGUGCCUUUCAAGAUAACUCUAAGGAAAUUAUACAAUGUUCUCAUGUUUUCUUGUAAAUAAAUGAUAUAUUUCAGUAAACUGU